CAUGGCCGCUGCCUGCUGAAAAGGAAUUGCGCAGCAGUGUUGCGCGGCAGAGGGGGCUCUCUGCAGGGUAAACAACAACAACAACACGACAACAACAACAACAACGACGACAAACAGCAACUAUUUUCUGUUUGUUUUUUUCUACAAAAAUGACAGCGACUGUUGUGUCACAUUUCCUGGAGUGCACAGAAGUUCCCAACAAGAGCGGCCUGAUUUAAAAUCACCACCGGACUCUGCUUCAUCCAUGAGUACUGACAGCGCUGUUUCGAGGAUUUCAACAGUGACCUCUGACCCUGAUGUGAGGAGGAGGACGACAAGGCCAGUCGGUGUGAAUCUGUUCACACUGGCAGAAAAAGAAAAUGAGUAAAGAAAACAAGACGAGUGCCACAGUCACAACUUUAUUGUUAAAGGUUUGCAGCCCUCUUCUACAGUUGAGAACAGUUCGAUUUUGAACCACAGCAACAGUCUUGAGGGACCUGGGCAGACGUCAGUCCCGUGCUCCAAUGCAAACCUCUCCUGCAACCCCGCUGUGUUUCUGAUGGACAGGGUAGUAGUGGGGGCCCCCUCUACAGGUGGCCUGUUCCAACGCUUUCACUCAGUCAGCCUCCCCAGUACAAAGUUCACUCAUGUCAACAGCCUUAAAAUGGAUCCACCAGUGCUGCUUGGUAGCAGCAGCGGCAGCAACAACAAGGAGAACCGUUUCCGUGAGCGUUCUUAUUCGGAGCUGGGGGACAGGUUUCGUCCCGUUCAUCAGGUGACUGUGGUUUCAGGUAGCCAAGUCAACUCGAACCGCUAUAAAACUGAGUUAUGUCGGCCCUUCGAGGGGAACGGCACGUGCAAGUAUGGUGAUAAGUGCCAGUUUGCCCAUGGCAUGCAUGAGCUGCGCAGCAUGAGCCGUCACCCAAAAUACAAGACAGAACUGUGUCGCACCUUCCAUACCAUUGGUUUCUGUCCUUAUGGUCCCCGCUGCCACUUCAUUCACAACGCAGAGGAACGCCGCAGGCCGCCUCCCCUCUCUGCUUUCAACAAGAUGGAGCGCCCUAGGCUACAACACAGCGUCAGCUUUGCUGGCUUCCCCAGCUCUGCUGGCCCAGAGGACAGCCCAAGGUCUGUCACACCUCCACCCGUGUUUUCCACUGAAGACCUUACAGAGUGGCAGAACAACCCUCCUACCUAUUCCAGCCAGGAGCUCGCCAACCUGUUUGGUCCGACCCUGGGCCAUUCAAUCGCGUCCGAAGCUGAUGUUUUGGCCCUGCCUUCUCCAACCACCCCUGGCUUUUUUCAGCCCACAUCAGAGAGCCCCCCAGACUCUCUGUCUGACCAGGAGGGAUACCAGAGCAGCAUGGGCAGUCAGAGUGGGUCUGAUUCCCCCCUCUUGGAUGCCUCCCACCGCCUACCCAUCUUUAGCAGGCUCUCCAUCUCUGAUGAUUAACGAGUCUCCUCCUUUAGCCUCAUAUGUAAGUGGAGGGAGAGAGAGAAUGAAUGUUACCUCUCUAACGUCAGGACAUCGACCAAAUGCUUUCUCUGUUUUCGAGGAUUGUUUUAACUUAAACUAGCCCCACCAAAUCAGACUCUAAGUCUCUUCAUGAUGAACUGUUGUAGAGCUGCAACUAACGAUUAUUUUCAUAAUCGAUUAAUCUGUCGAUUAUUUUCUCGAUUAAACGAUUGAUCCAAAAAUAUCAGAAAACCUUAAAUGUUGAUUGGUGUUCGUCAAACCUGGAAAUGAUGAUGUUCUCAAAUGUCUUGUUUUGUCCACAAACCAAAAAUAUUAACUUUUAAUGAUUUCUUUGUUAUCCAGAGCAAAGAAAUUAAGAAAAUAUUCACAUUUAAGAAGCUUAAACAAUUGGAAAUCUUGUUUUAAUCAUGACAAACGUUUCAAACCCAUUAAUCGAUUAUCAAAAUAGUUGUUGAUUAAACGAUUAAUCGUUUCAGCUCUAAACUGUUGGUACAUGCUCUGCAGUGGUGCCAUGGUGAUAUGAUUUUGAAAAGCAGCGCAGAGAUUGUUGCAAACUUAUACCUGACAAGUAAUGCACUGCAUUUCAACUGUGUGUUCAACUUUGACAUGAAACGGGAGAAAAUUAGUGGAUGUAAAUUUUCCAAUGUGUCUGAAGAUUAUUGCUACCACCAAUAAGCUUUCUAAUCAUGACUAACAGGAACUGUUGUUUUGCUUGUGUCAUGUGAUUGUGUUGAUCUGAGUCACAGACUGCUCUGUGCCUUGUUUUACUGAGCUGGUUGACCGUUGUCUUUCUCUUAGGUUCUGAGUGUAGAGUCUGUGGAUACAAUUCAGUAUAAAUGUUCACCUUAUUUACAACACAUUAUUUUACGUAUCUGCACUGACAAACUUGUUAAGUUCAGGUUGUCCUUGUCUGCCUCAUUUAGGCUGAAAGAUUUGGGUAAAAUAUUUAUGUCAUUUAUGGAACAUAAAUGUUUAAUGGGUUAUAAAUCUAUAACCAGAUUGGAACAUUACCAAAGUACACCAUCAGAAUAUUAACUACUAAUCCUUCAAUGUAAGCUUCACAAUGUAUAGAUCCAUCAUGCAUAUUAUUUAUUAAGUUCAAUUUUAAUAUUAAUACUCUGUCCCAAAACACUGAACACUGGGUGGAUAAGUUGCUUAAUUUUCAAAAGCAUCAGUCCAUCAUUAUCUACCGCUUUAUUGCGGAGGGUGCUGUGCCAAUCUCAGAUGACAUAUGGUGGGUCACACCCUGGACAGUUUGCCAGUCCAUUGCACACAGAGACAAACAAUCAUUCCAUUUGGACAGUCCAUCGCAGGGCCACACAGAGACAAACAACCAUUCCACUUGGACAGUCCAUCGCAGGGCCACACAUAGAGACAAACAACCAUUCCAUUUGGACAGUCCAUCGCAGGGCCACACAUAGAGACAAACAAUCAUUCCACUUGGACAGCUCAUCGCAGGGCCACACAUAGAGACAAACAAUCAUUCCACUUGGACAGCUCAUCGCAGGGCCACACAGAGACAAACAACCAUUCCAUUUGGACAGUCCAUCGCAGGGCCACACAGAGACAAACAACCAUUCCAUUUGGACAGUCCAUCGCAGGGCCACACAUAGAGACAAACAACCAUUCCACUUGGACAGUCCAUCGCAGGGCCACACAGAGACAAACAACCAUUCCAUUUGGACAGUCCAUCGCAGGGCCACACAGAGACAAACAACCAUUCCAUUUGGACAGUCCAUCGCAGGGCCACACAUAGAGACAAACAAUCAUUCCACUUGGACAGCUCAUCGCAGGGCCACACAUAGAGACAAACAACCAUUCCAUUUGGACAGUCCAUCGCAGGGCCACACAGAGACAAACAACCAUUCCAUUUGGACAGUCCAUCGCAGGGCCACACAUAGAGACAAACAACCAUUCCACUUGGACAGUCCAUCGCAGGGCCACACAUAGAGACAAACAACCAUUCCACUUGGACAGUCCAUCGCAGGGCCACACAGAGACAAACAAUCAUUCCAUUUGGACAGUCCAUCGCAGGGCCACACAGAGACAAACAAUCAUUCCAUUUGGACAGUCCAUCGCAGGGCCACACAUAGAGACAAACAACCAUUCCAUUUGGACAGUCCAUCGCAGGGCCACACAGAGACAAACAACCAUUCCAUUUGGACAGUCCAUCGCAGGGCCACACAUAGAGACAAACAAUCAUUCCACUUGGACAGUCCAUCGCAGGGCCACACAUAGAGACAAACAACCAUUCCACUUGGACAGUCCAUCGCAGGGCCACACAGAGACAAACAAUCAUUCCAUUUGGACAGUCCAUCGCAGGGCCACACAGAGACAAACAAUCAUUCCAUUUGGACAGUCCAUCGCAGGGCCACACAUAGAGACAAACAACCAUUCCAUUUGGACAGUCCAUCGCAGGGCCACACAUAGAGACAAACAAUCAUUCCACUUGGACAGUCCAUCGCAGGGCCACACAUAGAGACAAACAACCAUUCCACUCUCACACCUACGGUGUCACAUUUACAUAAUCCCCAUAUUGCAUCUUGUUGGACUGUGGGAGGGAGCCGGAGAACACCCACGCACACACAGGGAGAACAUGGACACUCCAUGCAGAAAGGCCCUUGUUCCAACUGGGGCUCGAACCCGGGCCUUCUUGCUGCAAAGGCAAGAGCGCUAACCACUACACCAACCGUGUGGCCCAUCCUCAUUAUUAUUAACAUAAUUUGCACAAAAAGAACAGAAGCAUCUGUGUCCAUGUUACUGUAGGUCACCCACUGAAGACACUUUCCUUCCAAGUGGGAUAACAUGGACACUACUUUUUUCCCCCCAUAUGUUUAUUCUUCAGUAUUUUGUGUGUGACCUGCCAGCAGACAAUGUUGGCCUGCUGUUAAUUUCCCACUUAAAUCUUCAGAGUUUUGAGUUUUCAAACGUUUUCAUGUAUUCUCUGUCUGAGGUGAGAUAUAAGUUAGCUGUCUGCAACCAGGUGAGCUCAAAUCCUUCUGUUGAUUCCACCUCAUUCAUUACUAUUAUUAUUAGUAGUAUUAUGUUGUUGUUAUUGUCUAGUUUAUUUUCUAGUGUGGAUGUCACUGCUUAUUUAUCAAAAUGUAUUUAUUGCUGAUCUUAAGCAUUUUUACUUUGUAUUUAUCUGUCAAAUGAAACAAUAGAUUAUAUUCAUUUAUGUUAAAUUAUUAUUUUUAUCACAGUUAAUGUACAAAAACUACUAUAUUGCCAUUUUUUUCCCUAACACUUAUUUUGAAAGUGAAUCUUAAUUUAAACACUAAGCUUUAUCUUUUCUAUUUAUCCUGUUCUUUCCACAUGGAGGACGGCAGGCUGAGGUUCUCUCUGGUGAUUAUCCAGGUCUGCGCUCCAUUUACCAAAACAAAAAGCCGUGCUACAACUGUAUAAUGGAAGCAAUGAAGCACCGUCAUAUGAUUUUUAUUCUCAGUUAAACUGGAUAACGUAAAGAUAAAGUUGUGUGUUCAUCCUGUUCUAUAGUGCAGGCCUUUGGGUCAGCAGUUGUGGCCUGUAAGGUGACACAUUCACUGUGAAUGCAUGGAAAUAAUAUUUGUUAAAAUUAUUUCAAGGCCUUUCAAUUAGGCUGCAACUCAAGAUUACUGUUUUUUGGGGGGGUUUCAUCAAACUGUCAGCUAUUUUGUUUUUGAUUGAAUGACCAGUUGUUUGAUUAAUCAGAAAAUCUAGUGUUUCCUAAUCCUUUAAAUGGUUCCUCAAAUAAAGAAGCUCAUCACUAUUUUUUUAGAAAAAUAUUUCAUCAGAUGAAUUUUAUUAUUAAUUAAUACUUUGCACGUUGCUUGGAAAUUGUCGUAUACGUAAAUGUAUUAAUAUCAUAACAUGGAUAUGAAUUUAAUUCAUAGUAACUUGGAUAUUGUCUAGUGUGUGCAGGCCUCACUUCUGACUCUGCUCAGUUCUUUCUCUGCUUUUCUCUUCUGUUUUUCUAAAGCGUGCCUGAAUCCUGCACACACACAAGUAGCACUUUGAGUCAUGACAACCAUGAUGGUGACCCCCCCCCCCCCCAUGAAGUGCCUAUGAAUACAUUCCAGGUUUCCUAAAAUAUUGUGCCUUCAUAUGUUUCUAUAUCCAUGUAUUUAUGGAGGAAUGAAACGUGUAAUGUUGAAUGUAAUCAUGUAUGGUUAUGGUUUAUUUUGUAAUGACAUUGCAGUUCCAACAAAUAAAACAUAUUUAUAUUGAA